GCCCAGCCAUUCCUCCAAAGGGGUGAUGGUCCGAUUGUACUGGUGCUCGCUCCUACACGAGAGCUGGCAGUCCAGAUCCAGGAGGAGAGCAAUCGAUUCGGGAAGAGUUCGCAGAUCAAGAACACCUGCUGUUAUGGCGGGGUGCCACGAGCUCCUCAGCAAAAGGAUCUCCGCGACGGAGUCGAGAUCGUGAUCGCUACCCCAGGGCGGCUGAUCGACUUUCUGGGUAGCGGUGACACGAACCUCAAGCGAGUCACGUACCUGGUCCUAGACGAGGCCGAUCGCAUGCUGGACAUGGGCUUCGAGCCCCAGGUCCGAAAGAUUUGCAGCCAGGUACGACCAGACCGACAGACUCUGAUGUGGAGCGCCACCUGGCCCAAAGAUGUCCAGAAACUGGCCCGCGACAUCUGCAGAGAGGAUCCUGUGCACAUCAAUGUGGGUGCCAACGAGCUACGCACAGCGCACACGAUCCGGCAGUUUGUCGAAGUGGUUCAGGAAAGCGACAAACGAUCACGACUCAGAAGAUUGCUCGAGAAGGUAAUGGACGGCUCCAAGAUCCUCAUCUUCUGUGAGACGAAGAGGGGGGGCGAUGAGCUGACGAGGGAGAUGAGGACUGAUGGGUUCCCAGCCCUGUGCAUACAUGGCGAGAAGAAGCAGGAGGAACGAGACUGGGUGAUGAAAGAGUUUAAAGAAGGAAAAAACCCCAUUCUCGUGGCGACGGACUUAGCUUCACGAGGUCUGGAUGUCAAGGACCCGUUGCACUCGGACCUGCCUUGA